CGUCAGGGCGGUCGGUUCGAAGGGCGCGUCCGUAACCUUAUCGAGAGUGAAAUUAAAUGGAGGAAUUUCAUUAGAUGAAUGUGCUUUCCAUGAAUUAUUUUGUUUUCUUGUGUUUAUUUGUCGUUUGCGUUUGAUCACGUGGCCAAAUGACGUAGGUAAUUAAAAGAUAAUGAUAUUUUAGUGUUUCAUUUAAAAAAAUUAUAUAUAUAUAUAUCACCAGUGAUUAUAUACCGACAGUGACUUUCAAUCAGAGUGCCAACAGUGACAACAUCACCUCGCUUAAAAAAAUAAACUAUAAUCCCCUUGUAUUCCAAAAGAGUAAACAAAUAAAAAAAAAUAAAUAAAAUAACCCGUUACCCCCGAAUGCACGCAAACACUUGCUCUUUGUGCAGGUGUUAAUAAAAAAAGAAAAAGGGAAAAAGACAUCAUUCCGAUUCAUUCUCCCGACGCCGCCAAGAUUCCUUCCAAGGUCUUCUUCAAGAUGUGGACUUUACAGCGACCCAGCAAGGACCCUGACAAGAAGUGGAGGCUGAACAAGGAGAGCAAAUACUCCUCGCUGCUCCGGCCGGGCUCCAAGAAGAACAAGGAGAACAAGGAGCCCGAGACGGUCAUCAACUACCGCACGGUCGACCGCCUCCACGACCGCAUCUCCGACCGCUUCAUCGACCCCCGAGCCGACCCCAGGCUCCUCGUCGACCCCCGCAUGGCCAUGGACCCUCGGAUGGCCAUGGACCCCCGCAUGAUGGACCCCCGUCUCUCCAUGGACCCCCGCCUGGCCAUGGACCCCCGGAUGGACCCCAGGCUCCUCGAACUCGACCAGGAGGCGCGCGUGGAGGCCAAGGGGGCCGCGGAGGGGUCGCGCCUGCUCCUCGACCCCAAGCCCUCGUCGCCCGAGUUCAAGGCGAAGCAGGAGGGCAAGUUCGAGGGCAAGGAGGUGCGCAUGGAGCCGGCGGGAAGGGAGGCUCCCAAAGCCACCCGGGAGCCUAGUAGGGACCGCGCCGGAGGAGCAGGAGGCGAGAGGGGAGGGAAUGGCGGAGGAGUAGCUGGCGGCGGAGGCGGCGGAGGCGGCGGAGGGGACCUGAGGGAGCGUCUGGAGCGUCUAGAGGCUCGUCUCGGCCGCUACGAGCCCGACGGAGGCCGCGAGAAGUUCGUGGAGCGCUACGUGGAGCACGUGAGCCGCGAGAGGGAGCACAGCGCCAGGGACCGAGAGCAAGAAAGGUGAGGAGAGGAUGCGAUCUUUUCU